ACCAUGCCGAAUCUAACGCAGUUCAUACCACAGGUGCUGCUGCUCGUCAUCGCUGCACCAACAGCUUCACCGAUUGCCUUUGGCGCGGACGUCACCCACGUGAUUGGUCUCGCUGGAACUACCCGGGAGGAAUCCACGGCUGCGUCAUCUGUGACGUGGUACAACAUCGAUGACUUCCGCACGGGGGCGCACCGGGGAACGCUUCCGUUUCCGUCGACUGGCUGUUGUCUACAAAAGGAUCUACCACCCUUGCAAGCAUCGGGGCACGACACAACCAUGCCGAAUCUAACGCAGUUCAUACCACAGGUGCUGCUGCUCGUCAUCGCUGCACCAACAGCUUCACCGAUUGCCUUUGGCGCGGACGUCACCCACGUGAUUGGUCUCGCUGGAACUACCCGGGAGGAAUCCACGGCUGCGUCAUCUGUGACGUGGUACAACAUCGAUGACUUCCGCACGGGGGCGCACCGGGGAACGCUUCCGUUUCCGUCGACUGGCUGUUGUCUACAAAAGGAUCUACCACCCUUGCAAGCAUCGGGGCACGACACAACCAUGCCGAAUCUAACGCAGUUCAUACCACAGGUUUGUUACUUGAAAUACGCGAAAUGUUAUCGUUCCAAUAACAUACUGCUCUUAGAGGUGUCGUGCCCCAUCGACCUAAAGCGUCUACUAACCCUUUGUUGCAGCGCUGUAACCUUUGUGUUCAAUUGUUUACUUUCGUUACCCCAUGAUGGCUGCCUUCUUUUCCUUGACGCGUUAUUGCUGCUUUGCGGAGACGUCGAGCUCAACCCUGGCCCUACUGAUAUGGAAAAAUUGAGCAAACUAAUUGAAAACCUGGCGUCGACCAAUGACAAGUAUCAAAACGAAACACGCGAAAGACUGAGCGGCAUCAGUUCAGGGAUCGACGAACUAAAGCAGAAGGUGUCUAUCUCGGAGGACUUUACUGCUAGGGUUUGCUUCCACCGGAGCAAAUUGUGGCACUUUAGUAAGCAGUUCAGAGAAAAAAACAUUAAAGUGAAACUCGUGUACGACAAACUUUAUGCUGAUGGCAAGCAAUAUUCAUACUGUUCCGACAGUGACGAGAUUAUUUUGCUUAACAACUUCCAAACCACAAAUUUGGCGACUACUUGA